UAAUUCCCUUCACAUGCUUUCCUGAGGGCAAAGGAGAGACAGAGAGAGAGAGAAGAUGGAGGGGAAGGAGGAGGAUGUGAAGCUCGGAGCAAACAAGUUCUCGGAGAGGCAGCCGAUUGGCACGGCGGCGCAGGACAAGGACUACAAGGAGCCACCGCCGGCGCCCCUGUUCGAGCCCGGCGAGAUCAAGUCGUGGUCCUUCUACAGGGCCGGCAUCGCCGAGUUCGUGGCCACCUUCCUCUUCCUGUACAUCACCAUCCUCACCGUCAUGGGCGUCAAGAGAGGCGCCACCACGUGCGCCACCGUCGGCAUCCAGGGUAUCGCCUGGGCCUUCGGCGGCAUGAUCUUCGCCUUAGUCUACUGCACUGCGGGAAUCUCCGGCGGGCACAUCAACCCGGCGGUGACAUUUGGGCUGUUCCUGGCGAGGAAGCUGUCCUUGACGAGGGCGCUGUUUUACAUGAUCAUGCAGUGCUUGGGCGCCAUCUGCGGCGCCGGCGUGGUGAAGGGGUUCCAGAAAGGGUUGUACGAGACUAACGGCGGCGGCGCCAACGUCGUCAACCACGGCUACACCAAAGGCAGCGGCUUGGGGGCCGAGAUCAUCGGCACCUUCAUCCUCGUCUACACCGUCUUCUCCGCCACCGACGCCAAGAGGAGCGCCAGGGACUCCCAUGUUCCUAUCCUUGCGCCUUUGCCAAUUGGCUUUGCCGUGUUCCUGGUGCACUUGGCCACCAUCCCCAUCACUGGCACAGGCAUCAACCCUGCUCGCAGCCUUGGUGCUGCCGUCAUCUACAACAGAGACCAUGCCUGGGAUGACCAAUGGAUCUUCUGGGUUGGCCCCUUCGUUGGAGCUGGCCUCGCCGCGAUCUACCACCAGAUUGUUAUCAGAGCUAUCCCGUUUAAGAGCAGAUCUUGAGCACCAUCACCAGUAUGGUUUGUCAUUGCGAUGGAGUCGGAGUUGCUUGUUAAAAUUAGUUAUUUGUGGUGCUUUAUUUUCAUCAUUUUGUCCUGUUGAAUCCACCAGUUACUGUUCAUGCAUUUUAUGUACUUGGGACCUAGUUUUCUUCGUAUCAGGUGUGUAAAUCUCAGUAAUGUUUACAGUCUUCUGGUGCAGUGACUUUACAGCUA